AUGGCAAAGUGGGUCUACGACUUUGGAGAUGGCAAGGCAGAUGGCCGAGCUGAGAUGAAGAAUCUUCUCGGAGGAAAGGGUGCAAAUCUCGCUGAAAUGGCCUCCAUCGGAUUGCCCGUGCCACCGGGAUUCACUCUGACUACAGAGGUCUGCACUCACUUCUACCAGAAUGACUGCCAGUAUCCCAAGGAGCUUGAACAACAGGUGGAGAAGGCCUUGAAUUUGGUCGAGACCCGCACUGGACGCAAAUUUGGUGACUCCAUCAACCCACUUCUGGUGUCAGUGCGUUCUGGAGCACGUGCAUCCAUGCCAGGAAUGAUGGACACAGUUCUGAACUUGGGACUGAACGACAUCACGGUGGAGGCUUUGGCAAAGAAGUCAGGCGACCGUCGCUUUGCCUUUGACAGCUACAGACGCUUUGUCCAGAUGUACUCUGACGUUGUCCUCGGCAUUGAGAUCAACCACUUUGAGAAGCAUUUGGAGCGUGCGAAAGAGAAGCGUGGCGUGAAGCAGGACUGCGAGUUGCUUCCAGAGGACUUGGAAAAACUGGUCAAGUCUUACAAAGCCGUGGUCCAGUUGGAGCUUGGCGAGGAGUUCCCAGAGGAUCCAAAAGCACAGCUUUGGGGAGCCGUUGGUGCAGUCUUCAAUUCCUGGAUGAAUCAGCGUGCAAAGACCUACAGGGCAUUGCACGACAUCCCGGAGUGGUGGGGCACAGCUGUGAACGUCCAAGCCAUGGUCUUCGGAAAUAUGGGCAACGACUGUGCGACUGGUGUUGCCUUCACUCGCGAUCCUUCCACCGGAAAGAAUGAGUUCUACGGUGAAUUUUUGGUCAAUGCGCAGGGUGAAGAUGUCGUCGCAGGCAUCCGCACUCCACAAGAGCUUACCAUCAGGGCUCGCCAGUCCCACGGCUCCGACUUACCAUCCUUGGAAGAAGUGAUGCCAAACAUCUUCCGCGAGUUGCUCUCAGUGCGCAGCCAGCUCGAGACUCACUACAAGGACAUGCAAGAUAUCGAGUUCACCAUCCAGCAAGGCAAACUCUACAUGUUGCAGACCCGCAAUGGCAAGCGAACAGCUCCUGCUGCGCUGCAGAUUGCUGUUGACAUGGCCAAGGAAGGCUUGAUCACCAAGUCGCAAGCUCUUCUGAGUUUGAAGCCGGAUUUGAUUGACCAGCUUUUGCACCCUACUCUGGACCCCAAGGCCAAGAAGGAGAUCAUUGCCAAGGGCCUUCCUGCCUCUCCCGGUGCGGCGGGUGGCAAGGUUGUCUUCUCCGCAGAUGAAGCAGUGCGACGCUGCAAAGAUGGCGAGAAGGUGAUCCUGGUUCGUAUCGAGACCAGCCCAGAUGACAUCCACGGUUUGCACGCAGCAGAAGGAGUUCUGACCACCCGAGGUGGCAUGACCAGUCAUGCAGCAGUGGUUGCUCGUGGAAUGGGCCGACCAUGCGUGGCUGGUGCUGGUAGCAUCACGGUUGACUAUGCCGCUGCCAAGCUCUCUGUGGGCUCUGUGACUGUGACUGAGGGACAGAUCCUCACCAUCGAUGGAAGCACGGGGGAAGUGAUGGUGGGAGAGGUUCCCACAGUGCCACCACAGCUCUCCGGAUCUUUCGGAACCAUCAUGCAGUGGGCAGAUGAAGUCCGUGACAUGAAGGUGCGAGCCAAUGCCGAGACCCCUGCUGAUGCUCGACAAGCCAAGGAAUUCGGUGCCGAGGGCAUUGGUCUUGUCCGCACUGAGCACAUGUUCUUCGAAGGACAGCGAAUUGUAGCCAUGAGGCAGAUGAUCUUGGCCACUGAUGAGGCUGAUCGACGACAGGCCUUGGACAAGUUGUUGGUCAUGCAGAGGGAGGACAUCACGGAACUGUUCCGAAUCAUGGAUGGCAAUCCAGUGACGGUCCGUCUGUUGGAUCCACCGCUGCAUGAAUUCAUCCCUCACACAGAGGCAGAAAUGGCAUUGGUGGCCAAAGCUGCAGGUGUACCUUUGGAUCGCGUGAGAAGACGUGCUGCAGAGCUGCAGGAGGCCAACCCCAUGCUUGCUGAAGUGGGGCGAAGCUCCAAGAAAUUGCCAGUGGCAGAAGUCAUGGUGCCCCUUGUGGCAACAGUUGAAGAACUGAAGCUGUUGAAGGGUGUCAUUGAGAAGACUGCCGAUGCUGUGAAGAAGGAGCAAGGAAUCACUUUCACCUACAAGAUUGGCACCAUGAUCGAGCUUCCACGUGCAGCCCUGCAAGCGGGCCGUUUGGCAGAAAUGGCUGAGCCAGAGAUGAAGAUGGGCAUUUGCGGUGAGCACGGCGGAGAUCCAGCCUCCAUUGAGGUCCGAGCCCGGCGUGGAGCCGAGCUGAAGGUCCUGAGCGCAGUGGAGACCAAGGUGCCAGGCUACUUUGAAAAGAUCCGUCACGAGGUGGUUGACCGCGACAAGGGCAAGGGAGAGGAUGGCACUUGGGGCACAGACACUAUGACGUUUCAAGAUGAUGAGCUCUCCUACGCCCUGGGUAAGCAGGGUGGAACCAGGAAAAAGCUGGAACGAGCCUCCGGUGCGGUGGUCCAAUAUGUGGGCCAAAACGCACUCUUCUCGGGGGAGAAGUCUCUUAGGCGCAAGGCUAAGGAGUACAUGAAGUGGUUGUUCAAUCAGCUGGAAGGACCUGUCUAUGUCGAUGGCUGGGAGGACAGAGAUGACUGUACAGUGGUGGAUGUUCCCAGCGAGUGCAUUGGCUAUGUGACUGGUGCACGACGUGCAGCCCUUGGAAAUAUGGAGGAGGAGUGGGGAACUCUCAUGUUCUUCAUGAACAAAGAAGCCAUGAAUGGCGGUGGAAAGGGCCGGGACCGCAGCGAUCGCAGCCGCGGGGGAUCCGAACAGCUGGCGAUCUUCGGGGAUCGCCGGGCGCGGCGGGGCGCGGAACUCAAGAUCAUGAGCGCGGUGGAGACGAAGAGCCCGGGAGUUUUCACCCGGGGCGUUCGGGAGAAAUUCAGUUCCGAGAAGGGUUUUGCGACAGAUCGCUUCGUCCUGAAGGAUGAUGAACUCAGCUAUGCUCUUGGCAAGGAGGGCGCCACUCGGAAGAAGUUGGAAUUGGCCUCGGGCGCGAUCCUCCAGUACGUGGGCCACGUUGCCUUUGUGGCUGGCGACCUCAAGGAGCGGAAGCGCUGCAAGCAGUUCAUCGAUUGGUUGCUCUCACAGCGUCGGGGCUCUGUAACGGUCUCCGAUAUCCAAGAUCGCGAUGACUGCACGGAGAUGAUGAUCCCGGAGAACUGCAAAGGUUGGGUCACCGGGAAUCGAGGAAGCGAACUUCGCCGGGUGGAACAGGAGCGAUUGUUGAUCUUCAGCAACAACCCGGGCUCCAAGACUGGGGAUGGUGGCCGCGCACAUGCUGAGCGGAUGGUGAAUGAGAUGGUGCAGGACCGCCGUCGUUCGAGAAACUCCGUGGUGAUUCCCGUGGCCGCGGGCGCAGUGACUCCCGCUCCCGCUCCCGGCGUCGAAACUCAAGGAGGAGGCUUCGGUUGGUCGAUUGCUGCAGAUCCCCCUCCCGGCGGCGACGAUCGCCGUCGCGGCGCCGCGACUCGCGAUCCAGAACUGGAACAUCUGGAGCUCAUGGACAAAGUCAGCGGACGGGACCUGGCACAACGCCAUGCCCUGCGAGCCGCAGCGGCAACAGCAGCCGACGCAAAUGUGGCAAAGGGAGCCGGGCCACGAAAUCCUCAAGCAACUGGGUGUCGGGGGACCAAGGCCUACUGGAACUCACUGAAACUCUUUUUACAGUGGGAGCUGUUUCACCGUGUGCAGUACUUCAGGACGGAGCCUGUUCGGGCCUUUCCCUGGUGCAAGUGGCCGCAACAACAUGUCACACACCGCUCGCAAGAGGGAGAGUACAUGAAGGGCGGCCCAGAAGGCUACAAGAACCUUUUCAUGGACAAGCAUGGCAUGCAUGAAGAGGAGCGAUUGGUUGGGUUUUAG